AUGAUUCUGCUUACUGCACUCGCUCUACUCGUAAUAUUAUUCGUCCUUUUCAAACGAAGUUAUAACCAAUAUGCAUCUGGUUUAAGAGAAAAACCAAAAUAUUUCCUAUGGCUUUUAACAUGUUUUAUUAAUUUUAAAGGUUGGUCAAAAGAAUCAUAUUGUCUUCGUACAGAUAAUAUCAAAUCAACGGAUAAUUCAGGAUAUUUAAAUGAUAAAGAUAUCCCAGUUCGUAAUCAAUCACGACCAAAAAUGUUACGUGCUCUACCUCAUCGUCAAUUAACUCAACAAGCACCUGAUGAAAUUAUGUAUGAAAUGCAUAAACACAUGGAAUCAAUAUCCAUACCAAGAUAUGGUGGACAAACAAUUAAUGAUCAAUUAUUAUUACGUGGUCCAUCAAUGGUUGAAUAUACUGGUGCUAAUGCUUUAUUUUUACCAAAUCCGAAUAAAAAUACAAUUGAAAAUGGUGAAUUUGCACAUUUACAUUCAAAUGAUGGUUCAUUUCAUAUGAUGUUACAUCCAUCCGAUGCUAAAUUAUUAAUUAAUAAACAAUGGGCUGAAAAAUUUCCAUUAGUUGGAAUGAAUUUAUUCAAUAAAAUAAUUAUUCCAGAUUCGUUUGUAUUAAUUUAUGCUCCACAAAAUGAGAGUGAAUUAAACAUUUGGAAGACAAUUUUAAAUGCUUGUAUUGAUUAUAAUCGAGAUAAUAAAAAUAAACAUUGA